CUGAGCUCUGCUGCCUACCACAUUCUUCCUUUAUUUCCAUAGCUCGACUUGUUUGCCCUUGCUGUUAAUUGUUGUCAUUCAUUCCCUGCGAACUGUACCCCCCGAGUAACGAAUAACGAUCCGCUUUAUACACCCGAUACGCUUCUCAAGGCCAUAAACGCCAGGCAAACGCGUCUUUGCCACAUAUACCACAGAGGACAAACCACAAGACUCCCGCUGCAAGUCGCACAGCAAACCGAAACAAAAUCCACAUCAUGUCCGAGGACAACGAGGUCAAGACCUCUGCCGAAGGCGCUCAAGCCUUUGUCGACGGAUACUACAAGAGCUGCUCCGAGCGACGCCAGCUCGCCUCGUACUACAUCAACAGCAGCGCUCACUACCGCGGCGCCAACAUGCAGGCCGACAUCAGCAUCAACGGCAUGGUCCUCGAGGACCCUACCAAGUUCGAGGAGCUGCUAGAGAAGCAGGCCAACGGCGGCCGGGUCAAGUACGACGUCGAGGGCUUCGACGCCCACGUUCUUAACGCAAACUUUGUCGUCGCCAUGCCCGAGAAUCUCAGACCUGCCCAGCAGGCCGGCCGCACCAGCCGCGACCGCGCCGACCGAGACCACAAGAUCUCCAUCAUGGUCAUGGUCAACGGCGCCGUCCAGUUCGGCGCCGACAGGAGCGCCCCCCGCAGGCCCUUUACCGAGGUCUUUGUCCUGGUGCCCAACUGGGAUUCCAUGGGACCCAAGGCCCAGCGCGGCGCCAAGAGGUUCCUGAUCCUGAGCCAGAACUACCGGGCCAUGUGAAAAGAAAGGGGGGAAAUUGUAGGAAUUUCUCAAGAAAGAUUACAGCGCCGAGUCGCGGCUGCGCUUCAGCAACAACAAGAAUCAACAAAGAACAAAAAAGACAUGAGCUUUUCCUUGCAUAAUAUCACGUGCUUGACUAUUGCGGUCAGGUGAGUGGAACGAGGGAGCAAGCACCGAGACCGGACGAUUAAGAAUGAACCUUCAGUGUGUUAUAGCACCUUGUCCGAGUAUGAGACCAAAUCGGAAGUCAUAUGAAUGCGACAGUCCAGCAAACCGCGAUAUCUUCAAUGCAAGACACCACCGUUCGGGGAAGGAAAAGAAAACUUUGGCUUUGGCAGGAGCUGUGAACAGGGGUAUGGAGGACAGCAUCUCCACAAAGCCGCUAGCACGGCAUCACGCAAAAUCACAAAGCGCGCUUGAUGAUUUCCGUGGAGGGAAGAGUACCUGCGACGCAAAAUCAUAGCGCGCAGAAGAAAGGUCCCUUGCCCGACCGCAAGCUUAUCGAGCUGCCAAUCAUCUUGACUAAAAUGGAGGAAGAUAGGACGGCUAGGUUUUCAUCUCGAUACGUAGAUCGCAAUAAAGAAAAUCAAAACCUCGAU